UUGGUUCUCGCCAUAGGUGAUGUCUGGAAAUAAGCGCAUGAUAGAGGUGCGCUCUCGGAGCUCCGCCCCUAAAUAACAUCAGCACCAGCAUCACCAUCACCAUCAUCACAGACGGAAAGAAAUAACCGGAGGGCACGAGAGAGGACGCACGCGGAUUGUCAACUUGCUGCAUGCGCCUCGCCGCGCCGUCGCGUUCAUGCAUCACCUCUGAGCGCUAAUAUAAGGAACCCUCUGGCGUGGUGAAGUACAUCUGGAUUCUCCCGAUUUUCUGGACAAGUAGCACGCUCGGCAUGCGCUAAGUCCAUCCCUAGCGUAGUGAGAGAGCACGUUAGUGUCGAAGCCGGGACAUCGGCCAUGGCCUUUAAUUCAGAUGCACUACCGCAGUAUCACGAGGGAGUCUGCUGCCACCGGCGCUUCCGGCACUCAUGGAAGACACGUCGGCCAGCGCGGAUUCUCGGCCUCCUCGCCGCACUCGUAGCAAUAAGUAUGGUGGCCUUCUCGUGGCCCUCAUCUUCUCAGCGGGAGGGGGGGCUACGGAGCCACACCCCACACAGGACUUUGCUGUCCACACACCUUGGUUACCACGGUAACCUCUCAGAGGACACGCAUGGGGCCAAGCACUCAUCCCCGGGGUCGAACAAUAGUCAGGGGGAAUAUCCGACCGACCUGUUCAGCUUGGAUGACCGCAGGCGAGGUGCCGUGAUACUGCACAUGUUCGGCAUGAUCUACAUGUUUAUCGCCCUGGCCAUCGUGUGCGACGAGUUCUUUGUUCCUGCGCUGACCGUCAUCACGGAGAAACUCAAGAUUUCGGACGAUGUCGCGGGCGCCACCUUCAUGGCGGCCGGGGGCUCGGCUCCCGAACUCUUCACCUCUGUCAUCGGAGUCUUCAUUUCCCACAGUAACGUGGGCAUCGGCACCAUUGUCGGCUCGGCGGUGUUCAACAUCCUGUUUGUCAUCGGAAUGUGCGCCGUGUUCUCCAAAGAGAUUCUGAACCUGACGUGGUGGCCUCUGUUCAGGGACGUCUCCUUCUACAUCAUCGGCCUCAUCAUGCUCAUCAUCUUCUUCUUGGAUAACUACAUCACAUACUGGGAAAGCAUCAGCCUUCUAAUGGCCUACGCCACCUAUGUGCUCUUUAUGAAGUUCAAUGGAACGGUAGAGACUUUCGUCAAGGGCUGUCUGAACAGAAACCAGGUUGUGGAGGUGGAGACCCAACCGAAGCUGAGCCCUAACGGACUGGAAGAUGACAGCAAACUGUCGGCCAAACCCCGGCUACAGAGAGGAGGAAGCUCCGCCUCAUUACACAACAGUCUGAUGAGAAACAGCAUCUUUCAGCUAAUGAUCCACACGCUCGACCCUCUGAGUGAAGAAUUUGCUGACUCUGAACUGGGGACUUAUGGCAAGCUAAAAUAUUAUCACUCAAUGACCGAAGAAGGAAAGUUUCGGGAGAAAGCGUCCAUCCUUCACAAAAUUGCCAAAAAGAAAUGUCAGGUGGAAGACUCAAAUGGAGUUGCUGAUAAAAAUCUGCCAAACAGCUCCAAUGUGGAAGAGGACGUGACCCCGCCCAUGAACGGCACGGCUGGACCAGAUGGAGAUACGGGUGAAGAAGAGGAUGAGGAAGAUCAGCCUCUUAGCCUGUCAUGGCCCGAGAACUGCCGUAAGCGUUUCACGUAUCUCUUCCUCCUACCCAUCAUCAUUCCUCUCUGGAUAACUCUGCCAGAUGUGAGGAAGCCGAGUGCCAAGAAGUUUUUUCCAAUCACGUUCCUGGGGUCUAUUUGCUGGAUCGCAGGCUUCUCGUACCUGAUGGUCUGGUGGGCUCACCAGGUUGGAGAAACUAUAGGCAUCACAGAGGAGAUCAUGGGACUGACCAUUCUAGCGGCUGGGACCUCAAUCCCUGAUCUCAUCACCAGUGUCAUAGUGGCACGCAAGGGUCUGGGGGAUAUGGCCGUCUCCAGCUCUGUUGGCUCCAACAUAUUUGACAUUACUGUGGGGUUACCACUUCCAUGGCUGCUGUACUCUUUUAUAAACAAUUUGAAUCCAGUGAGGGUGAGCAGUAACGGUCUGUUCUGUGCCAUCGUUCUACUCUUCAUCAUGCUCAUCUUCGUCAUCAUCUCCAUCGCCGCCUGUAAGUGGAAAAUGAGCAAGCUGCUUGGCUCCAUCAUGUUCCUGCUCUAUCUUGUCUUCCUGGUGGUCAGCGUCCUGUUGGAGGACAAGGUGAUCGUCUGCCCCGUCUCUAUCUAGCACACGUGUGCGCAUGCGACUUCAUGAAGAUAAAGACGCUUCAUACAAGUAUGUACUCGGAGACUUUACCUCACCUCUGUUUGCCCAACAUGACCUCCAUCCAGCUCCGUUGAAGCACAGGUGUAUCAUGUUUUGGUGAAUCGGCACAAAUCUGGAUCAAUUCACUGUUAUACCAUUUGGUGUCCUGUGUUAAAGGCACAAUAUGUAAGAUUUUUAUAAUGUCCAAAAAUGCUUGCACCUCAAAGUUGUGUACUUACAUUAUUCCAAAAGUUCCCAAAGAUUUGUUAAUUUGUCAAUGAUGUUAUAUCCGCAUUAUCCUUGGUUUCCACCAUUCCAUAUGUCUCUGGAUGGUGAAAAUGACAUCUCCCAUUGUUCCACUCUCCUUCAUAGCGUCGUCAAGCUUCACCUUCAUCAUCCUUAUGAAAAUGCGACCUGUAGCGGUGAAAAUGUACAUAUUGUGCCUUUAAGGGGGUUUGAGCCUCUGUAAAGUGUCAUUCAUUGCAGAAUUGGAGCUGUAACGGUACACUAAACUGAAAGUCAGAGCUGCUAAAAUAUACAAACUCAUUUCACAUGGAUCAUCAUUUCUACUGUAAUAACUUCUUGAUAGUGUUUAAGCAAAUCAAGCAACAUGCAGAUAUUUAUAUUACACAAUGUCUCAAAUGUUGUGUUUCUAUGUUUUAGUCUCUCUGCAGGGUACAUUAAGGGUUUAUAAUCACACAGACGUUUGGUCAUUUCUCAUGUUAUGAACAUGCGGCAACUAUCGAUUAAUAGACUUCACUCCAUAUACAGAAACAGUUUUAGCUUUAAUUUGUCUUUCACGUUCAAGUAAAUGUAAUAUAAAGAAAAUUCUUGUAUUAUUUUUUUGUAUAUUAUGCAACUUUAACAAAUCCCAUAUACUUGAAUGUUUACGUAUUUAUUGAUAUAAAGGUGCACUAUGUAACUUUUAAAAGGAUCUUUUGGCAGAAAUGCAAUAAAAUAUAUACUAUAUUAUUAGUGGUGUAUAAAAACCUUGCAUAAUAUACUGUUAUGUGUUUAUUAGCUUAAAAUGAGCCGUUUAUAUCUACAUACACUGCGGGUCUCCUUACAAGGAAGUUGCCGUCGUGUUUCUACAGUCAAACUGCUCUACAGAGCGUGGAUUUGUAACUAGAUUUUCUCAGACAAUGACGUGUUUGUCCCGCUCCUGCACCACUUUAUCUAUUUUUACAACCUGGGACCAUUAAAGGGGACAGAGAAUGAAAAACCAUUUUUAGCUUGUCUUUGUUGAAUAAUGGUAGUCUACCCGCAUUCACAAACCUACAAAAAGUUGUAGACAUGCUAAACAUCUCAGUCUCAUAGAAAUUCCUCUUUUAGAAAUGUCAGCCAGAAAACAGCCCAAUCUGAAAAACUGAUGCUUAUGACAUCACAGGGACCUCACUGCCCCUCCACUUUAAAAUAAUUGGCUAAAUUUUUUGAGUGGCAGUAAAGUCAGCCAAUCAGUAAUGAGAUUGCAAGUUAAGCCAGUAGGGGGAGCCAAAUAGGUGCAAAACCACUUGUUUAAAAUCCCCCACCCUAAUAGAGCUAUCUGAGAGAGGUUUUUAGGAAGCUUCUAAGGCAUUACAGACCCAAACAAAAAAAUUUGUCUACGUCACAUCACAGCACAAGGAUAAAUACCCCGUUCAAUCAUUUUAUGUCACCUUUAAAUAAAAGUAAUGUAAGUGAAAAACAGGCUUUAUUUCAGACUAAAAGUACUUUGAAGCCAUUUGAUUACAUAGCAUUGUAAACUGGCAAGAACAUACGGUUAUGAACCACAGAAACCAGCAUGUUCAUAUUAAUAACAAGAUAGGAUAAAGAACCACAUUUGAAACAUUUACAAAGCAGCGUUUGUAUUCAUCUGUAUACAAGAACUAUAAAUACAUCUACAUUAGAUUUAGCAGCUUGAUAUAAAAUAUGAAUAUAUAUAUUUCCAAAUAUUUAUUAUAAGCUAUAGGGAAUUGCACCCAACAUACAUGGUUUUUAAUUUUGUUUUUAAUGAUCCGCCCCAACCCAACCCUGCAAAUAAAGUGACAAUUUCUUUACCUGCAGGGUUAUGAGAUGACCCGUGUAUCACUAGUGGCUACCGUAGCUGCUCUAUGCAUUUCGAAAGGGAGGGGUGAGCGAUGGACUAAUUCAGACGCGGAAGAGGCGGCAAAAACAUGCUAAUCGUGCAUAGUUUGCGUGUGCAAAGUCGCGUGUGAAAUUCUACUAAUUUGAGACAUUCGCUCGUAAAUUCGCGUCACACUGUAAAAAAAACUUUGCUGCCUUAACAUUUUUUGUUAAAUCAACUCAGAUUUACAAGUCUUGUCAACAGAGAUUAGUUGUCACAACUUAUAAAAUAUAGUUGAGAAAAGUCAACUUAAAUUUAUAAGUUUAAACAACCCACCUGUAGUUAUAACAACUCAUCUCUAGUCAAGAUAAAUAAUAGUAAGUUGAAAUGACUUGUAAAUCUGAGUUGAUUCAACAAAAAAUUUUAAGGCAGAAAAGUACUUUUUACAGUGCAUGGGCGGGGCUUAUAUAGCUCAAAUCGUGUAAAUUUACCAUAUUGUUCGACCUCCUCACUCACUUUCUUCCAAACAAGAUCCUUUUUAUUCCUGUAAAAGUAUGAAGAUGUCUCGUGUAGUGAUGAUGAUUGUCCUCCAUUGUUGUUUUGUUUUUCUGCCUCCGCUCGCUUCCUGUAAUUACGUCAAGCUCCUGAUUGGUUAAUGCACGGCGAGAAUCAGCCAAUGUUCCGAUUUUUCAACUUUCCGCGUAUUCCGUGCCAUCUGCACUGCGCCAUUCGUGCUUCCCGUGCCGCAGGAUGCCCAUUCGCGUCUUUGCAUUGACUUAACAUGUAAAUCACUGGCGUUCCCACCUCUUCUGCGUCUGUUGUGAACGCACCAUAUGUCGUAAUUUGCAACCUCACCACUAGAUGCCGCUAAAAUCCACACACUGCACCUUUAAUUAUUUCAUAUUUUAUUUACACAUUAUUACUGAUCGAGUAGUUUAGUGAACCGUUACAUCCCUAGCUCCAAAGAAAACAGUGAAUGUUUAUUUACUGGUGUGUUUGAGAUGCAUGUGAUCAUGAGCUGAUGAAUGUUUUUGUUACACAUUAAUAUUAGUGACAUCUCAGUGUUUUAUUCUGUCAUCUUAUGUUUCACGAGCUCUCAUCUGUUGGCUUAUAAGGGCACUGGUGAGGUAACACGGCUCUGUGGUUUGAUCCAUCUAAAGCCUGUUAAAUUGAUUUGCAGCUUGUCUUUAUCGGAAAAGGCGAAAACCACAGUGGCAAAUAACAUUUGAGGGUUUAAAUGGACCUAGAUCAGCAUACUAAAAUUUUUUAUUUUUAUUUAUUUUGGAAAAUGUAUUUUUUCUUUAUAAUUUUUGCUUGUGUGUCAAGAUGCCAAGAAACAGAUAUGAUAAUGCACGAUUUGCUCAACCUGGUGUAUGAUACCUUCAACUGUACACAAUGAUGCUCAACUUUCUUCAGUUUUAAGAGUUUAUUUGUUAGUUUGAUUCAAACUGUUUAGUUUGUAGAUGAAGCUGCAGUAUUGACUGUGGUCGUACACCACUAACUUUCUUAGUAACGCACGACAAGAUUACACAAGUGAACAAAAUAGCAUGCAUGUUGCUUCCCAAAGUAUAAAAACAACCUUAUUAUUUACUUGUUUAUUUAAAAAAAUCAUGUGUUAUAAAUAAUAUUAUAAAUGGGGCAAGGGACACGUGUAGGUGCUUAUAGACUAUAGUGAAGUGUUAAAAAAACAUUUAGACAUAUUAUAGGCACUCUGAGCUGCUUAAACAGUAUGCAGUGAUUUCUCUUAAUACUCGACCUUCUCUGUGUAUUUGGACUGAAACUCAGCCCGGACAGAAAUUCUUUAUUCUAAAGUAGACACAAAUACAUGCAUGGAAAUGUGUAGCUUAAUUUAAGAUAACCUGUGCUCAUUGCUUUAAACACAAGACAUUUACCUAAAGAUCUUUUGGUUACAAAAGAGUGUUAAUGUAUUAGCACAGUCUAAAGUUAUACUAGAUAUGUAAAAUCACGUGCAUUUAUGAAUAAAGGUGCUUUAGGAUUUUAUCUUUAUAAUCUGUACAGACACACAUGAACUUAUAUUUUAGACAUUACACCCACUAAUAAACUCAAUAGUACAGUAGCAUCACAUUUCUGUGAUCCAUGUAGUUAUUUUGUUGUGGAGAGUUUUUUUUUUUAAAGGGCCAGGCCUAUAUUAAAACCUACAAAGGAGGAUUAGGGCCUAGCUAAAAUUUAAAAGUAAAACCAUCUCGAGAUUAAAGUCAUUAUAAUUUCGAGAUUUAACUAGUAGUGUUUAAGAAAAUGUUCUAAAUAAAUAAUAUUCCUAUAUAAAAGUUGUAAUAUUUUGAGAAAAAAGUUAAUAUAACAACAAUAAAGUUGUAAUAAAGUCAGCACAAUGAGAAUAAAGUUAUAUUU